AUUUGGUAGUCCAGCAUUUAUGUAAUCAGGUUUCGUUUCGGCAUUCAAACGGCCCAGCUGAGUCCUGUAACAAGCUCUUUCUCGUUAGUGUAGGACCGGUAAGGGCUCUUGGGUGAGGGAUGGACAGAAUUGCGGGAGACAACACAGCAGCAAUGGAAACAGCCGCCACUGACGCGCCGCGAACAUCGCAAGACGCGUCGCAUCCGACUGAAACGUCGGUUGCGACGGUCUCCGAUCACGCGACGUCGCACGAGGGUUCUCAACAGCGGACCGUUCACGUGGACGAUCCUGACCGUACGAUCCGCGAGGCCGAACUAGAAGAAUCGGACGGCGGAGGAGGACUGAUAGCGAGGUGGAGGAUAUGUCGGAGCCGAUUGGCUAACAACCGCAUCCGGACGAGUAAAUACACUCUCUUAACUUUCCUUCCGCGCAACUUAUUCGAGCAGUUCCAUCGCGUCGCGUACAUAUACUUCCUCAUCUUAAUCUUAAUCAAUCAGAUCCCCCAGCUCGCGAUCUUCGGCCGUUACAUCUCCGUCAUUCCGUUGCUCUCCGUGCUGACGGUGACGGCGAUUAAAGACGCCUUCGAGGACUGGCGACGGCACCGCGCCGACUCGCGGGAGAACAGCCGCGAGUGUUUAGUGUACCGCGGGGCCAGUGGUGUGAUGCCACGUGGCAGAGCAUCCGCGUGGGGGAGCUGGUGCAUGUAAGGGGGGACUCUACAGUGCCGUGUGACAUCGUUCUUUUGGCGUCUAGCGAUCUGUCGGGUCGCGCUUUUGUGGAAACGAUGAAUCUGGACGGCGAGACGAACCUCAAGACCAGAUACGCUGUAUCUGCCGCACCAAAGAACACUGGUUCGGAAGCUGGCCUAGCAGAGGGCAGGAUUAGGAAAGAUGGUGGUGGAGACGAUGGCUCCCACCUGAACCGGAAUCAGCGGCAUCUGCAGUCGCAGCAGCAGUCUCAACAGCAGAGCCAGACGCAGAAGCAUAAGAGGAAGCAGCAGAGCAGCAGUCUAGCCGGCUCCCUGCAGCAGAAGCACGGCAGGGGCGCGGAGCAGUGGCACGGGUGGAUGCUGACGUGUGAAGCCCCCUCCCGCAACAUCUACGAAUUCUCAGGGUUCCUGGAAAAAUCAGAGAGGAAUGGCGCUAACACCACCACAGGCUCAUGCUCUGAUGCACCCGGAGGGCCUCAUGGGGCUGAUGGGCCUGAUGCUGGGGCUGCUGCUGCUGCUGCUGCUGUGUCUGCUCCUGAUGGAAGCGACAGCACUGGAAUUGGCUUUGGAAAAACCACCAACACUACUGGCAGUGGUAAUGGCUGUGGCGCGAGCAGCAGCACCAGCGCUGGCAGCACCACCACUAGUAACAGCGAUAGCACCUGCACCAGUCGUAUCAUCACUGUGGGUGCUACCAUUAGCCCUGACACUAGCCCUGACGCUCCCGCCAGUAGCAGUAUAGCUGUAGGUCCACUAAACGUUUUGCUUAGAGGGUGCGAGGUGCGCAACACAGCGUGGGUGGAGGGCGUGGCGGUGUACACUGGAGGGGACUGCAAAGUGGUGCUUAACUCAGUGGGGGCGCAGUCCAAGCGCAGCAGAAUAGAGGCGCACUUAGACCGAGACAUGCUCAUCUUAGCUCUGUUACUUACAGUGCUGUGCUUAGUCUGCUCCAUAGGCAUGGGCGUGUGGCUUAGCAGCCAUAAUUUAAGUACCCUUCCGUACUACGGCGUUAGUUAUGAUUACUUAGGGGUGGGAGGGGAGGCGGCGCUUAACUUUUUUGCGACGCUGAUUCUGCUGCAGGUGCUGGUGCCCAUCUCGCUGUACAUUUCCAUGGAGCUGGUGCGAAUAUUCCAGGCUGUAUUGAUGACGUGGGACAGGGAGAUGUGCGACGAGGCGGGGGAGCGAGAAGCUGAGGCGAGGAGAGGGUGGAGGCGACACUGGGUGGGGAGUAAUGGGGGGAAGUGGGGCGGGGGGAUUGGGCGGUGGGGGUGGAAAAAUCGUUCGGGAGAGCAGAAGGGGGAUGAGGAGGGGCAGGAAGAGGUGGACGGCAACAGGGCAGAGGAGAGAAAGGCAGAGUCAGGAAGAGUUAUGGGAAGUGGUAGUGGAGGUGGUAGUGGUGGUGGUAGCAGCAAGGGAGAGGGCAGCAGUGGGUUGCUGUGCCGCGCGCUGAACAUCAACGAGGAUCUAGGUCAGGUGCGGCACGUGCUGACGGACAAGACCGGCACGCUCACUGAGAACCGCAUGGCCUUCCACUCCUGCUCCGUCGCUGGCGUCGACCUGCACUCCCUGCACGCCCUGCCUUCUCUGCACGCCCUGCACCCCCGUGUACCAAGCCAGGGAAAUUCUGAUGCUUCUGGUGCGUCUGGGUCGACCCAAGGGGCACCUGUUGCUGCUGGUACUGAGGGGAGGGUUGUGGAUGCUCAAGCUGGCACCAAACCUGGCGGUGUUGCCGGGCCUGGAGCUGUUACCGAGGCUGAGGUGGAGGCUCGGCUAGGUCAGCCCCCUGGUGGUGAUGGUUCGGGGCCGCUGCAGCUGUCAGCGGGGCUGGCUCGGGAGUUUGCUGACGUGGCAGGCCCUGGUGCUCGGGGCUUGCUGGACGAGUUCUUAUUGGUGCUGGCCGUGUGCAACAAUGUGGUGCCGACACGUGUCAGCCUGACGGAGAGUGGUGAGCUGGACAUGCAUGCUGUGGGGGAGGGGGAGGAGGAGGAGCGGGUUGGGGGAGGGGAGAGCGAGGAAUUCAAAAAAGAAGCAGCAACAGCAACCACCAGUGCUCAUGUGGAGAUGGGAAGUCCUGACGUGGGUGCAAGUGCAGCAGAGCCUACAGCUGACGUGGCCAUUGAUGACAUGGCAGAGGCAGUAGGCGAAGUGAUAGAGUACCAGGGCGAAUCUCCAGAUGAGGUGGCGCUGGUGAAGGCUGCGUCCGGCAUGGGUUGGCAGCUAGUGCAGCGAUCGGAGCACCACAUCGUGAUCAACGUUAGAGGGAAGGACGAAAGGUACGACGUGUUGGGGGUCCACGAGUUUGACAGCAUGCGCAGGCGCAUGUCCGUCGUCCUCCGCUGCCCGGACGGUUCCACGAAGCUUCUUGUAAAGGGCGCUGACAGCGCCGUGCUGAGCCGCGUCCAGACAGAGGAAGGUUCGGGGAAGGUUCCUGGAGCAGCGGAAGGAGGAAUGGGGGGAGGGGCAGGGGAGGAGGAGCAGAAUGCAGCGGGUACGGUGGUAAAGGAUGAGGAAGAAGAGGAAGAGGAGUGUGAAGGGGAUUCAGAGCAAGAGGAGGAGGAGGGGGUGGGGGGGGAAAUGGUGGAAGAGGGGGAGAAAGCACAGGAGGGUAUUGGUACCUCCCCUCACCACAGCCCCCCUCAAGUCCCCUCCCUCCAACAACAAAUUCUCUCUGCCACCGAACGCCACAUUCACCAGUAUUCUCAAGCCGGCCUGCGCACUCUUGCCAUCGCCACCCGCCCGCUCCCCCCUGCCGCCCUCCAGUCCUGGCUCGCCCGCUACCACGCCGCCGCCCACUCCCUCUCCGCCGACCGGGACGCGAAACUCGCUGCACUAGCAGAUGAAACGGAGCGGGGCCUGCAGAUUCUGGGCGCUACAGCCAUCGAGGACAGGCUACAGGCGGGCGUGCCAGCCGCACUACAGAUGCUGAGGGAGGGGGGGAUGAAGGUGUGGAUGCUGACGGGGGAUAAGGUGGAGACGGGAGUGUCGAUUGCUCGGUCGUGCGGGCUAGUGAGAGGGGAGGAUAGGGUUGUGAGUGUUAGUGCAGGCACUGAGAGGGAGUGUGAGAGGAGGCUCAGGGAGGUGUGUGGGAUGGAGGGGGUUGGGAUGGAGGGAGGUGGGGGAUUGGGAGAGGAAGAGGGAGUUGAGGGCGGGAGGGGAGGAGGAGGAGCUGAGACAGGGGAGGGGGGGAGCGAUGUUAGGGAUGGUGCAAGCAGCAGCAGUAGCAGAAGCAGUAGGGAUGGACAGGUCGAUUCAGGCGUGGAUGGAGAUGAGGGCGAGGGAGCGAGACCGAAGGAGAGCAGGGAACACAUAAGGGAAGAGAUAAACACAUGUGGCACAUCAGAUGGAGGCAGCACAGCAUCAUCGUCAUGGGCCAUGGCCAUUGAUGGAGCAACACUGGCGCUGGCUCUUUCCCCCAGACUGCAAUCCCUGUUCUACCGCGCCUCGCUGCGCUGUGCCGUGGUGCUGUGCUGCCGGGUGGCGCCCAUGCAGAAGGCUGCUGUGGUGGCCAUGGUCAAGCAGCUCUCAGGGGAAUUAACCCUCGCCAUUGGGGAUGGUGCCAACGACGUGCCAAUGAUCCAGACGGCAGCCAUAGGUGUCGGAAUUAGAGGCCAUGAAGGACGGCAGGCGGUGAUGGCGAGUGACUUCGCCAUCUCGCAGUUCCGCUUCCUGGCGCGCCUGCUGCUGGUGCACGGCCACUGGAACUACCACCGCAUGGCCUACAUGAUCGUCUACAACCUCUACAAGAACACCGUCUUUGUUCUACUUCUCUUCUGGUACCUGCUCCAGACUGCCUUCUCCACCACAUCAGCCAUCGGCCAGCUCUCCCUCAUGUUCUUCUCCCUCACCUACACCACCAUCCCCACCGUCGUCGUCGCCACCGUCGACCAAACGCUCCUCCCCACCCGCCUGCUCACCUGGCCGCAGCUCUAUGGCGCCGGGCAGCGCGAGGAAACUUACAACCUGCCCGUGUUUCUGGCUGCCAUGCUGGACGCCACGUGGCAGAGCCUGGUGCUGUUUCUGGUGGGGCUGGCGAGCGUGAGCAGCCUGGAUGGUGACAUGUCGGCGCUGGGGCAGACGUGGCUCGUGGCGCUGGUGCUGGUGGUGACGGUGCAUCUUGCGAUGGACAUCCGACGGUGGACAUGGCUCCAUGGGGCGGCUAUUGCGGUUUCUAUACUCAUUACAGUGGUCUCGCUACUGGUUAUUGACUACAUCCCUCUGCUGCCUGAAUACGGGUCGUUUCGAUACGCCUUAGCCACGUCAACAUUCUGGUUGGACGUGCUUCUAAUGGUGGUGCUUGCAGUGCUGCCUCGCUUCUGUGUCAAGGUGGUGUACCAGAAGUGGUGGCCCACCGAUAUACAAAUAGCGUACGAACACGAAUGUGUACAUAUGGAUCGUCGCCGUAACAAGAUUUCCAACUUCUUGUUACCGUGAUGUCGUGCUGAAUUCAAUCAUUCUUUUAUUCAGGCAUGAUUCACCUCGCCAGAAACAGCUAUGGUAGUUGCUUAUAGGCAGUCACAUCUCACACCAAACAUCCUUGCACGUAAGGGGUCACUGUGAAGAACUUUCAACUACCGGCAUACAGUACCGGUAUGUGAUCAAUGUGUGCUGUGCAAUGUGCAAUCUUCCGUCAUCAU